AUGGGAGACGCCAGUCUGCACAAAACAGCAAGUCCGGACUGGUCGGAUUCAUCAUCAGGGACGUCUAUCGACCAACCCAUCCACGCGCCGAAGCCUGUGCGACCCAAGCUGCCAAGCCGCAAGAGCAGCGGCACCAUGAUUGUUCCCCGCGAUUCCACAGACGUUGGGCCGGUUGACGUGCACGCCGGCCCGGACGAUGUGAGGGCCAUGAGCCCGAGACGAACGAGCGAAGACAUUCAAACCCUCGGAAAGGAGGCAAGGGCGGAGCUAGAGAGGCACGCCAAAGCAUUGCAAGACUCUUUAGUCACGCUCUUCAACCGCAUCGAAGCGCCGGAGCAAGAAAUGAGCAACGCUACGCUGGAGGGUUUGGAAGAGAAGGAAAGGGAAGGUCGACCCCAGGGAAGAGUAUGUGAUGGACGGCCUCGCGAAUACUACGGCCGUGCCAAGGCAGUCCACCUCGAACCGUACUGCAGCCCGGCGACCGGACAGACGGCAACGGCGUUUUUGGACAGCUUAGCUACCGCCGCCGACUAUGUCUUGACCGACCGAGCACACCUACGGAAGGACGACUGCAAGGGUCACGCGCCAUCGCGGCCGAGGAUGGCACGUUACCGCCCAUCCCAUGGGUCUGAAUCGACGGAGGACUUGCGUCAUUGGCACUGA